GUCGAGCAAACUCUCGUCAGCCUUUUCAUUAGUUUGCUACCUCCGGAUGGUGAAGUGAUUCUGCUUGAUCCCGGACACUUAGCUCCUGUUGUCUCAUCUGGACCACCGACACCCCCGCGUAGCCUUUCUUUUUUCCCCGUUCAACUGGUGGCUAUAGGUGAACAAACUCGCUUAUUGCUCACAUUCAGUACUCCUCCGGGUUAUCGGUCCCCUGCAAUUGUGCUCGGAUCUUCUUCCCCUUCCCUCUCUUCUUCAUCCUCCCCCUCUUCACCUUCAAUCUCAACCUCUACUAACUCUACUUCUGAUGCCUCGAGGCUGGAAGAAGUGCGACGUCAACAGGUGCCGGACGAAUUGAUUCUUCUGGUUGUGGUUCGUACACAAAUCGAGGUGCGCAAAGUUGCCAAAGAGUUUACUCUUCUAACGAAUUCCCCUAUUUUGUAA